AGGAGCCGCCGGUACUUCCUGCCCCCGGGUCAGCCCUCUCACAGCCGGAACGCUGCCGGUUUAAUAAACAGCCGCUGUCGGGGGGGCGAACCUCCCCUCAGCGCCCGCCGUCGACUCCUGGGAGAGAAGAAAACCUCGGCGGCAGCGGGGGUGGAAAGCGGUCAGGUGAUUCUGUCGGGCCGCCCAAGAUGGCGCCGCGUCUGUGGAGCCUGAGGAGGAAGGUUUACUGGUAACCACGGCGUGGGGGAGGCGGGGGGCUGCCCCCAUAGGCCUCAAGUUUACGCGUCCCUGAGGAAGGGCUAUGAUCGUUCAGGGCUGCGUCUCAGACGCUUGUUAAAGGCGCAGCCUUCCCGGCCAUGGCUCUGAGGGAGCUGAAAGUUUGCCUUCUAGGGGACACUGGUGUGGGUAAAUCAAGUAUUGUGUGGAGAUUUGUAGAAGAUAGCUUUGAUCCCAACAUCAACCCAACAAUAGGAGCAUCAUUUAUGACCAAGACUGUUCAGUAUCAAAAUGAGCUGCACAAAUUCCUAAUUUGGGAUACAGCUGGACAGGAACGGUUUCGUGCUUUAGCCCCGAUGUAUUACAGAGGGUCAGCAGCAGCCAUUAUAGUGUAUGAUAUCACAAAAGAGGAAACUUUCUCAACAUUAAAGAACUGGGUUAAAGAGCUUCGACAGCAUGGGCCUCCAAACAUUGUUGUAGCUAUUGCAGGAAAUAAGUGUGAUCUUAAUGAUGUAAGGGAAGUCAUGGAAAAAGAUGCUAAAGACUAUGCAGAUUCCAUUCAUGCAAUAUUUGUAGAGACAAGUGCGAAAAAUGCAAUAAACAUUAAUGAACUCUUUAUAGAAAUUAGUCGCAGAAUUCCAUCAACUGACACCAACCCCCCAUCUAGUGGUAAGGGCUUCAAACUAAGGAGGCAGCCAUCAGUGACAAAGCGCAGCUGCUGUUGACUCAUCUCUUAGAAAAUAAGACUUGUUUAUUACAGUAGGUGGUCUUGGAAGUUAAUAGUUCACAUUGGGUUUAUAUUAUCAGUCUUAGAUCUUUAUCUGCUGGUGUUCAUACACCCAAGGUCCCACAAAAAUGGACCAGUUCAUCUGACAUCUGUACACUUGCAGAAAAGACUGCAAUCGUAAUGUCAGCCUGUUUACUUACAAGAAGUGUAGUAUCUCUUGCAUUCAAAGGGAAUCCAUCAUCACUUUUUUGGCCUUGCUUGAAAGGAAGGUGACUGUGGAGGGUAGAGCUGAAAUGUUUAAUAAUUAUAUAAUCAAGAUUUUAGGGGUUGUUUCUGUCAAAAGGGAAGUGAGCACUUUUGUGGGACUUAAGGGUGUGAAGAGUCUGGAAUUUAGAUGUCAUUUCUUCCUUUUCUUCAGUGAGCCUUAUUUUAAAUUUAUUUGUAGCUAAUUCAAAGUACAACGGAACAGUUGAUAUGAGGUGGCUACAGAAUAAGCAACUGAAGACAAAUAAUAGGCAAAUCAGUCCAUCCAGUCCCCAAGUCCCAUUUGCACUUUUUUAUUUAAUAAUGGUAUGCACCAGGGCUGGGGACACGAGCAACAGAUCUUAAACUACAGACAAUCUUUUUUUCAUACUGACUUUGAUCACUUUAAGGCAAACUGAUAUGCUUCUAUGCAUCUUUUUGUUCCUACAAGUUUUUAAUAUUAAGAUGUUGACAAAAACGUGGUUGUGUAGUUGACUGUUAAGUGAUUACUGACUGAAAACACAUGCUGCCAGUGGUUCUGCUAAGACCUUAGAGUUUUUGGGGAAAGCUUCUAAUUGCUUGGCACGUUUAAAGUGUUCAUGUUAUAUUUAUGAGACCACUGUUUUAAAGUAUUAUAAAUUAUGUAAAAACAGUAAAAAAUAAUGCAAUCUUACACACUCCUUCCAUUCCACAACUAUGGAUAAACUCCUAUGGAAUCUUCGAUGGGGGUUUUUCCAGCAUUUGGGUAUUGUCACUGUGAGUUCAUCCAGAAGCAUACUGAAAUUAUUUCUCUUUCAAUCCCAUUUGAAAGAGCCAAUAGAGGAUACUGUUGGUGCAGCAUGAGGUGUUUCAAAUGAGUUUUCAUCUAUGGUGCACCCAGUCUUCCCUGUUUUGGGCACAAAAGUACAAAUAAGAUGUAACCUUAACACGUGGUAAUGUAGAUCAUUACCUUGUGGUUCCUGGGCUUUUUUCAUCUGUGAGUUUUCUUAGCAGAUGAGCUUAUUCUGUGUUGGUUUUCCUGCCCUCUUAAUGAAACCAUAGGUUGACCAUACCCAUUUGUGCUAUUUUAUUUAUUUUUACUUUUUGGUUCCUGCCAGCACUAGUGAGAAACUUCAUACUUUUGAAGAAAAACAGCUUGAGUAUAUACUGAAUGAAAUAUGCUGCUUAGCUUUAGUAUCAAAAUGAGGUUAUGUUGAUGAUGCUUAUUCUUUAUUUGUAAUCUGGUUUUCUAUCAAGUAUUUUCUUUGAAAGAAAUGUAGAAAAGUUCAUAUUACAUGAAAGGACUCAUAGUUCAGAUCAGUUUAUAUUAGUGAAAAUUCUGGCAGAGCUAUUCUGGAGCAAAACAGAUGAACCAUUACAGUAAGAUUUUUAAUAGGUUAUUAUGUUUUAAUGAAAUUCAGUGGCUGGAAUUUUAUCCCACCUGCAUUUGCCCUGCAUUGUCAAUUAUGCUUCUUUUCCACAGUUGUACAGGCUAUGUGCUUAUAGAGAGCCCAUGAAUUGCAUCAAUUUUGAAUUGCAUCAAAUGAAGGUUGUUUGAAGCCCCUUUGAAACACCAGUCCUUAACAAAGCAUCUCCUAGUACAAACAAUUUGUUUGGUGUUCAGCCUGAUGUAUAACUUUUGUUGUUGUUGUUGCUCAAAGCAAAUAAAUUAGGAACAGAAAACUUCAGUACUCCUACAAAAUGCUUGAUGGAAAUAUAAUUAGUAAAGAAAGAACAGAGUAAGCAGUUGAUAAAAAUGGAGUUUAAAUCUGGUUUUCAGUAGGGUAACAAAACUGGAUUAAUAGUAUUUAUCAAAGAAUUAUUGACUUGAGAAGAAAAUAUUGAACUCUUUUCAAGACUGAGAGUUAGGCUGGUAGUGAAGUCAUUGUUGUUCUCUUUGAUCUCUCACGAGAGAGAUCCAUAUAUCUUAGCAAAUCUUCAUGAACUGCUUUCUGAUCUAUCCUCACUCAUUUGCUAUACACCAAAAUUAGACUUUAAAAGCUAUAAAAAAAAGCAAACCCAAACCUCAGCCCAAAACACUAAAGCAGCAGCAGCAAUCUUGUUCUUCUCAAAUAUAACAGUUUUAAUGCCUCGGAUGCUUCUUUUGUUACCAGUCCAAGUGGAAUGCUAGCAUGUUUCACAUCCUUAUUGUGGUUCUGAUCUUGCAGUUAAUGAGAACAAGGAAAUAGCCAGUGUUUCUGUCCAAACUGCAAACACUGAUGUAAGGCUGCUUUUUAAUACAUGCCUAUUUAAAACGACAGACUGUUGAUGCAAGUUUUUUUGAGCCAAGAUAACUGUUUAUUGAUCAGUUGGCCCUAGCUGAAAGCUGGAAUGCAGUCAUCCCUGGAUGAGAUGCAUAUGUUCAUUGUUUCAUUUUUGUAGGAGGAGAAUACUUUCUUCUGUAUUAAUUUGUUAGGCUGUCUGCUUUCAUUGUGCAUUAGACUUGCUGAAAUUGGUUAUAUUUUGUCCUAACAUAGCUUCUCCAUUUGGAGAAAAGUUAGCCUUUGAGCAUUUGGAGUGCUAAUUAUCAACCAUUCUGGCUAAAUUUUUACUAACGUUUUCGGUUAAGAGGUUGUCGAAAAAGCUCAGGACAGAAGUUUUAUUCCACUAUGCCAGGAGUGGAAUCGUAAAGGAGCUCAUCAUAAAAGCAAGACUUCCAGAUACUCUCAAAGGGAAUUAAUUGCUGCAAAGUAUGUUUGGAAAAGUACCAUGUAUGUAAAGAUGUAGUGAGGUGCAUGUCAUAUCAUUGAUCCAGAGUAUUUUUUAACUGACAAAAUAUGACUAGUUCAUCUUCUAAACACCACUUCUUACCCAUAGAAGUUAUAUAUAUCUGUGCAAAAAUAUAAUUCGAUAAAUGGUUAAGUCUUAAGCUUUGGAGCAACUUUAACAUGCUCCCCAAGUUUGGGAGGGUGUCUUCAUCCAACCCUCUGAAUUACAAUUGUCUCUUAUCUGACUUGCCAGGCUUUUGAUCUGCAGGGGGUUUUGUAGUGUAUCUUACACACAUGCUGAAAACUGGCAUACUAAAUGCUUCAGUAGGUGGAAUCUGGAAGCUUAUGUUUAAUAACAGAAGCAUCCAGUGGCUAAGCUACUGAAACUUUUAACAGGUGCUUUGAAAAGUUCUAAGACAAUUCUAACAACUUUUGCUGUUGCCAAUUAGGUAAAGACUUCAUUUACUUUAUUAGAUCCACGUUUAAACAAAACAAAUAAUCACUUCAAAUCUUUACUGACAUCAGUGGGACCCUUUUAGCUGCUACAGGAUCAGACAGUAGUUCAGAAGGACAUUUUAUGCAGACUUGAAUCUUUAAUGUAUUGGUGUAUGUAAUACCAAUUUAAUGCUACCAGCCUGCUCAAGAAAGAUUAUUUAUGUGCUUUGGAAGAGAGUAAGAGAGAGGAGACAAUACCUACUUACUGAUUUGGAAGUCUAGUCCUUUAAACCACCAAUCCUGGUGUGGGAUUCAUUGGGAGCUGUCUAAAUUAUUGUUUAAGACUUCAUUCUAAUUAUUAAAAAAUAAUUCAGGCUGGAUAUCUUUUAAAGUUUGCUGCCAUGAGAUUUUUGUUAUUAUGUUAAUUCUAAAUUAUCCCUUGACAUUAGUGUUAAUUUCCAGUAUGGCUUACUGACUAUUAAUUGGAAAAGGAAGCUUUAUCAGUGAUAUUCGAAUGACAUUCUUGUGAAGCAGUCUUUAGUUUAUGAAGGAUGGUGUAGUCUAUUGUGUGCUAUGUCAGCAAUCUGCAAAGACUCUCUUGGGAAUUAAUGAUUUACAGGACAGAAGCUGUCUGAAAUGUUUAGCUGCUCACCCUGUAGCAAACCUUACUUAUGAGCAUCAAUAGCUACAUAGAAAAAUCAUCUCAAACGUGAGAAUUUGAAUAAUACACUGACUUUAACUUUUACACUGCAUAUUAGUUUUCUAAAAGCUUCAUGUAUCUCUCAAACACUCUAAACCUCUGAAAAAAAGAGGCUGUUCUGUUCAUAUACAAGCAAAAAGGACAAACUUUCUUUACUUUUUUAGCAGGAAGUUGUUUUAUAAUGGUCUGAGAGAGUUUGUAUGUCAUGAGUCAGUUACUUGAAGCAGGAGAGCUUUGUGCUUCGGACUGACCUUCUAAAAAACCUAUUCAGAGUUCUCAAAAUAAAAUUUUAUGUUCAGAUAACAGCCCUGGUAAUGAUAGGUGACAAAAGAUUUAUAGAAAUAAGAUGUUGGUAUGAGCUACCAAUAUAAGAAGUAUAGGUGUUAAUAUGAAGAAAGUCAAGUCACCUGCCCUUUUCAGAAUCAUAUGACUCAAGCUUGUCAAAAGAAAUAUGCUUGAAACCACAUCUUUGUUUCUUUUAAAAUAAUUCAGGUGCCAAAACAACAUUUCCUUAAAAUUAUUAGGCCUUCUCACACCAAUGCUUCCUUAUGGAAAAUCUCUGAUAUUUUGGUCUCAAAUUUGCAUGCAAACCCUUUCUUGGGCAGCUGCAAUAAAAAAUGUGUGACUUGGAAAAAUCAAAGCAUUACCAAAUUUUAUCUAUGAAGUGUCACAGGCAACAAAUCCUGCAAAGGAUCCGACUAUCCUGAAACUCAAGAGAACUGAUGGGCUUAGCCUGUGACAUGUCAAGGUGAUCCUAGGGUCAGGUUUUUCCUCCUUCCUUUUUCUCCUCCAUCCUACUCUGAAUUUUUAACAUAGUGUUUUCAGAGUGUAUGUGCUAUGAACAGCUAUUAAAAAUUUAAGAAAAAGUUCUAGUGGCAUAGAGUUAUUUGGUGGUUCCUAUUUUACAUGAAAGAUCAAGGCAGUAGGAUGGUUUGUCCCUGAAAAAUUGAGACUGCGUUUGCUGAAAGUGCUCUCAUGGUAGAAUGAAGACUUCUAAGAAACAAUUGCUUUUCCUAUUUCAUCAUCCUGCAAGUUGGGGUUUUAAAAUUUUUUUUAAACACUAACAAUUUUAAUCAAGGAGCUGAUUACCUUCUUAAAGGUACUCUUCUUUAAAGAAGCUUGGUGUUUUCUUUGCUUCAUUUAUGUUAAUUUUUUCAUAUGUUUUAUUGAACAAAGCAACUGCUAUUUGUUCAGAUUGGAAGGUUACAGACCACUUUCUGUCAUGCCCUUUAUUUGUGAGUGUAAUACUCCAGUCAGUUGUUGCACUUGGAUAUGCUAUAACUCUGACACCUGCAUAGGUUCAGUGCUACUUUCUUGCCUUGCUUUUACUCAUGUUACAGUAUGUAUUUCCUAUUAAAUCCAUUAUGUUUUCUUGACAAUUUGUUCUUUGUUUCCUUCUGGGAUUUAGCCAAGAAUAGGUGGCAAGUGUCUUUUUCUCCUCAAAGGUUCUAGAAGUAUCUGUCACAGCAGCAAAUAUUUGUAAAAUAAAAGGUGAUUCAUUAGUACAACCUUAUGGAACAUAGCAGCUGAGGCAUACCACUACUUCUUUAUACCACAUAAUGAAGGCUAAAAGCACAUUCACCUUGGGAGGAAAUUGUUCUAAGGCUGUAGUAACAUGACCUAAACUCCUUCUGUAUUUUAACUUCGAUUUUUUGCACUUUGCAUUUCUGAAUAUUGUGUAUUCAACAUUGAAAUUGUGACACAGUGAAUUGAUUUAAGACACAGAAACGGUUCAUAUUUCUGUUGCUGUAAGACACUUCCUGGCAAUCUUCCCUCUCGUAACCCCCACCUCCAAUAAAAUGUAGAAAAAAUAAAAAAUCUGAAGGUUUCUUCUUAACAAGAAACUUUGUGUAUUUGGGGGUAACAAAAAUAACCUGAUAUGCAUAUAGCUCUUGCAGUGUAAUAAAUGUUUGCCUGUAAAAUUAAGUGUGAAGGUUAACCUUUGUAUCAGCAAUUAUUGUCCCUCAUAAAAGCAUUCUGCCUUUUCAUUGUAGGAUUGGGUUAACCUGUUACGAGGGUUGAAAGGUCUGUGCCUUCUUAUUAUAGUAUCUCUUAUUAAAGAAAAAACUUUAAGCCGCUCGAAGUUACAGAGCAUUUGCAGCACUGUAAACUGCACAAAUUUACAACCAUUGCUUCACUGCAUGAAAUAUAGUCAGAUUACUAGGGAUGAAAUAUUGUAGUGAUGAAUUCCCAAGCUUAUGAAUGUUUUGAGACUUUUUUUUUAGUCUUCUCUUGGGCUGGUCCUGAGAGUGUGUACAGGUUUGUCUGUAUUGUUGGUUUGUAGAUGCCAAUGAGGAAAACCAGGCUUUUGUUCUCUCCUUUUUGUUUGAAUUGUUACACUCCCAUAUAGUGCAUAAAAUGCAAAUAAAGACCUGUUGAUUUGGCAUAAUGUAAACAGCCUUUUCAGCAUAAGCAUUCAUAAUAAACUUUUAUAGUGUAAUAACAUGCUAAAAUCACUACCAGUCUGAUGUAUUGUGCAAAAAAAGAAAGGUGUAAACAUUUUAUUAAUAAAAAGCUUUGUUUAUAAAUGU